CUAACAUCCACCACAGCCAAUCCAUCACGCAUUGGUUGAGAUACCCAUUUUACAUAUUACUGAGCGACAGAUAUAUCAAUAUGGCGGACGGAAUUGACAGGCGCGCCGAUGACAGGAUGGAGUUUAACACCUCCAAGGAGGUCACGGUUGCUCCUACCUUUGAGGACAUGCAUUUGAAGGAGAGCCUUCUUCGUGGUAUUUACGCAUAUGGAUAUGAGUCACCAUCGGCUGUACAGUCUCGUGCGAUUGUCCAAAUCUGCAAAGGUCGCGACACUAUCGCGCAGGCGCAGUCGGGUACUGGUAAGACGGCUACGUUUUCGAUCAGUAUCCUUCAGGUUAUCGAUACCGUUGUACGUGAGACACAAGCACUCGUGCUUUCGCCCACACGAGAACUUGCGACUCAAAUUCAGUCGGUCAUCAUGGCCCUUGGAGACUACAUGAAUGUUCAAUGCCAUGCUUGUAUUGGAGGAACAAAUAUUGGAGAAGAUAUUCGGAAACUUGACUACGGACAACAUGUUGUGUCGGGCACACCAGGCAGAGUUGCAGACAUGAUUCGUCGUCGCCACCUCCGUACACGGCAUAUUAAAAUGCUGGUUCUGGAUGAAGCCGAUGAGCUUUUGAAUCGCGGGUUCCGUGAGCAGAUUUAUGAUGUGUACCGCUACCUCCCACCCGCAACCCAAGUUGUUGUUGUUUCGGCGACAUUGCCCUACGACGUGCUUGACAUGACCACAAAGUUCAUGACAGAUCCGGUUCGCGUUCUUGUCAAGCGUGAUGAAUUGACACUGGAAGGCAUUAAACAAUACUUUAUCGCGGUGGAGAAGGAGGAAUGGAAGUUUGAUACCCUAUGCGAUCUUUACGACACAUUAACCAUCACCCAAGCAGUUAUUUUCUGCAACACCCGUCGCAAGGUCGACUGGCUCACCGACAAGAUGCGAGAAGCCAACUUCACAGUCUCAAGCAUGCAUGGAGAGAUGCCUCAGAAGGAGCGCGACAGUAUUAUGCAAGACUUCAGACAGGGCAAUUCCCGUGUUCUCAUCUCCACUGAUGUGUGGGCCCGCGGUAUCGAUGUUCAGCAAGUUUCUCUUGUGAUCAACUACGACCUGCCCACGAAUCGUGAGAACUACAUUCACAGAAUCGGACGCAGUGGCCGUUUCGGAAGGAAGGGUGUGGCGAUCAACUUUGUCACUAGCGAUGACGUGAGAAUCCUCCGUGAUAUAGAAUUGUACUAUUCUACUCAGAUUGACGAAAUGCCCAUGAAUGUUGCGGAUCUACUUUCAUAAUCGCAUUCCUCAAUGGGAAUUUGAACUCUGGAUGAAAUUGUUCCAUGGACAACUUUUAUGAAAUGGAAAAAAAACAUUUCUGUUUUCUUUUUCAAUGAACACGCAAUGCUUGUCUCAACGGAGAAAAGUCGAAAAGUCGUACGCGUUAUCCAGUAAAUUGCCUUGUCCCGCUAAAUCUAGUGCAGGAACAGAAAUGGCAGAUAGCUAGAAAAAGAGAGGCCGAAUCAAGUGUGGAGGAAGGGGAAAUACUACAAGAAUGACCAUUAUACCAAGACCAAGACCAAGAACCGAGCCCAUUUAUCUUCCAUUCUAUCCCAAGGGAAAAUCCCGAGUUCAAUUGAAUAUCGAGAUACUUAGUCGAAACCAGCAUAGGCCUUCGAGCCUCGCUUGAAGUUUACUAAUGUGGCCUCCAUUCACUUCUACUUGCAACUUAUCCUGUAUCUGGAGCUCUACUCGAUCCUCUUUUUGUUCCGUACCAUUCUGUUUAUAUCCCGCCUUAGAGUGGCUAGUACUUGCAAAUUGACCUGAGUUCAAUCUGCAUCCGGUUCUCUAGCCAACCUGGAUGCAUUUACAUCGUUACGUGCGUAUUUUGCUUUUCUGGACAUCUCAAGGCCUUCCCUUCCGUUUUAGUGCUCAUCCCUGGCCGCCUUUUGCUCAUCGAGCAACCCUGAGCAGUUCCCUGAGGAUGGGCUGAGUGCUAUAAUAAGUGGCAGCCGCGGUAAAAUUCACUCAGAUCUACAGGGCUUGACUAUGUGAUUAUCUCUGUUUCUCGGCAAAAGAAAGGGUAGGUCUUCAGCCCAUGGUCACCUGACCACGGUGGACAAGCUCCUAAUGUAUAAGAAAGCAAGAAGUCUAGUGGGCGACGCUACCAAUGCUACUAUUAGUGAGCAGUACGGGUUCAUUUCUCAUAUUUUAAUCGACGGCUGUUCUGGGGGUCGUCAGGCUAUCGUACCUCGUGGAUUGGAAAUGAUAAAUCAGGAUCUUAUGGCCGCAGAGAUGGCCACCAUGGAACGGAGUGAACUGGUAGAAGUUCGAUACCCCAGCAAGUACUCUUCGUUUCGCCGCCUGCUUCGUGCACAGCCAUCACUGCUACAAUAAACACUCCUGUCCUUUUCGUCGCUUGCAAAAGAGGGCAUGAAAGAAUUGAGUGCUUCUUGCUCCAAAAAGUGGCAAAGGCUGGCUUGUAUCCUUACCUCCUCUCCCAAGCUCUUGCAGUGGCAUGCCUGAAUGGUUACCCAAAGCUUGUAGAGGCCCAUAUAAUUGCAGCAGCAGAUAUAAAUGCAUUAACAGCAUUGGAUGGGGCUCAUGAAGAUGCCCUUCUCAUACGGACCCCAGAACUCAAUCGGCAUUAUGCUCCUACUUCCCAGAAACGUUCUGCAAACCACAAUAUGCCGAUUUGAAUAUUCAUGGAUGGAUGUCAAUACUGGGAGAGCAGCUAAGAGAACAGCUAACCGGGAGGAGACAAUCAAGGUAUUAUUAAACAGCUCUAUGGAUGUGAACGCAAAGGUACAAGUCGUACAUAUGAGAUGUACCUGAUCAGCAUCUAGGCGGGGAAAGUUCCAGUCCGAUAAACUAGUCAGUGGCGUGCAUACGUUGAGGUCUAAAUUUCCCAAAAUGUAAAUGCUCAAGAAUCAGAUGGAAGAUCGUAUUAGCCAAUAAAUAACGCGGACUAGAGACAAUCUUUGAACGGGAAAGACAUGAAAGACAAGAAAAGCAGG